AUGGAAGGAGACAAAGCACCACUCAAAUCGAGAGCCCGCGUACCACAUGAUUUAGGAAAUCCAGCGCAAGAUCCCUGGUUGUUGACGAACGCCUAUGUGAUGCACGACACUGGAAAAUGGAAAGAUUUCAACUUGAAAUUUGUGCUCACUUCAUGGCGUGACUAUGUGAUUCUGACAAAGAAGAAUCGCAAAUUUUUAGAUCAUGUCUACCCGGCUGUUAAGUUGCUGAUCAAUGAUGCGCUUGAUUGUUGGGAUCAAGACCGUGAUGGAAUGAUCGAGAACUUCGGGAAAGCCGAUCAAAUAUAUGAUGCAUGGCAGAUGGAGGGCGUCAGUGUUUAUUGUGAAUCGCUUUGGUUGGGCGCUUUGAGGGUGGCGGAGGCGAUGGCUGAAGAAUGUGGCGAUAUUGAAAGCUCGAUUCGAUACCAUCAAACACUUGUCAAAGCUAAGCAGGUGUUUAUCGACAAGUUUGGAACGGAGCCUAUUUCAACUUUUGCGAGCGCUCAAGGAGUCGUGAUUCGG